GUUGCGCGCGAGCAGGGAAAACUUUUUAAAAAUUUACUUGGAAUGGUGGUUUUCUAAUUAUCUUACAGUGAUAAAAAAGAACUGAUAACGUAUGCUCUUUGAUUAGGAAAUAUUAAUUUUCAGCUAGUAACGUGCUUCAUGUCGAACUUCAAGCACAGUAUUGUUCUUUUCUCUGGAGAUGAUGGUUUGCCUUUAGAAUUCAACAUUAUAAACACAACUGAAAAAGAACUACUGAAAGCUUUGAUUGAGCAUGGUGGAGGGUUGUGUACGCUGAGCGACGAUGCUGUUCAUUUAGUUAGCCCUGGAACAAGAGUGUUUAAUGUUGAUUUUAGUAAGAAAUUUUUAUCUUCGAAGUUCGUCUUAGAUUGUGCGGAGAAAAAUUACUUAAUGAAUAUGUCGGAUUAUGAAAUUAAAAUCACAGCGCUCGAAACCAGUGACAUUAGUGAUGACAGCGGGAACAUUAUAAAACCUUCCAAUAAUAUUAAAUGUGUACCAGUGGCGGGAAAAAAUGUUAAUACCAUAGAAAUCGAUACUGAGGAUGAAUCUCCUCAAAAUUCUAAAAGUAAAAUUGUUUGUUCCAAUGUAUGUUCUGAUGACUUUGUGCCUUCUAAGUUAGGGAUGUUUUCCAGUACGCCUUCAGCUCCUAUUCAAGAAAACUCGCCUAAGAAAGUUGUAGAAAUGGAUCUCAUCACAGAAGAACCAUCGUUAGAACAAGUCAUUGAACAAUACACUAGUGCUUCUGAAAUAGCCAAUGACACCAAGAGGGAAGUUACAGAUAUGGAUAUAGACAUCGAUAUUGCUUCCUCUCCUAAUAAUCUUAUAGAAGAAUAUAAUAGUAUUUCCAAGUUGGGCUGUGUUGAUAAAAUUCAGGCACUAACUAAAGAAGCUCACAUAAAUAAUUGUAAUUUAGGUGAAGGCGAAAUAUCUGAUAGAACUCCUUCUGAUUUGCAAGUACAAGUGCAGGUUGAUGAAUCUGAGUCUCAUAUAGCUAAAGAGAAUGUUGGUGAAAAAGAUGACCAUUUAGGUGAAAAUGAAAUAUCCGACAGAACUCCUUCGGAUUUACAAGUAGAAGGGAUGCAAAUUGAUGAGUCUGAGUCACAUAUAUCCAAAAAAAAUUGUAGCAGAAAAAAUGAAAGUUUAGGUGAAGGCAAAAUACCUGGGUCCCCUGAUAAACAAGUAGAAGGAGGAAAUUGUGAACAUUUUUUAAAAGAACCACGCUCAGAUCAACAAAACACUAAAAUUCUUCCUGAUGAAUUGGAGAUGGUAGAAAAAGAUGUAUUUCAGGUGAAUACUCCUGAAAAAAAAUGCCCUGAACCUGAAAUUUCUGUGAUAGCUGUUUCUAGUUCCCAGCCACAGGAUGAAAUUGAUGAUUUUGAUUGUAUGAUAUUUAAAAAAUCCCAAAAAGCGCAAGUAAAUGAGGAGGAUGAAUGUCUGUCUCAGAGUUACACAGUUAGCAGUUCCGCUGAUGCACAGGUUUCAAGCAAAGGCGAUGUUUCAGGAGAAAUAUUUGAAAAUAAUUUUCCAGCUGAAUCAGACUGUGAUAAACAAGAAAGUCGACUUACAGAAAGGCAAUUGUACAUACAGAAAUUAGAGAAAGAGGUUGAAAAAGUUUUGCAGAAACCAUCGCCAAAGUCUAUUCAAGAUAAAUUAAUUUUGGUGAAGUACGUUUGCUGUGUCAAACGACUGUCUCCUGCUGAAGUAAUUCAAUCUUUGCCUAAUAUUUAA